GUGUGUAAAGAUCCUUGUCGGUCGACCAUCGGAACUAUACCAAGAAUGUACUAGCGCGGCUUUCUUACCAUGGUAGGGGGAGUAACCUUAUAAAAUGCACCAAUGAUGUCGAGGAUAAUUGAAUCCUUGCUUCUUCUUAUGCCGAGGUUCUUUUCAAAUCCGUUGAAUCGCAAGUUAAUUCUUGCGACAAGCUGCUUUUCUACCACUUUCUCUACAAGCGGACAGAAACAGACGAACAGCCACUUGAUAAGAUUUUAUAAGAAUAAAUAUUCACUUACGGACCAACUAUAUUGUCUUAAAAUAGUCGGAUCUAGUGCUCGUGACGAUGUCUAAAACAUUUACAGCGAAAGAUGUCGCCGAGCACAAAGACGAAAGUGCCGGCAUGUACAUAAUUGUUGAUAGUGGUGUAUACGACAUCACAAGUGAGAACAUCCCAUCCCAAUCCGCCCCUUCAUUGUUGUACGACCUAAUUCUAACAGCGAUUCCUCGGCAAUUUUUAGAUUUCCUUGACGAGCAUCCAGGUGGCGCCAAAAUCCUUAAACGUAUGGCCGGCAAGAAUGCGACGAAACAAUUUUGGAAAUACCAUGGCAAGAGUGUCCUCGAGAAAUACGGCGAAAAGUUGAAGGUUGGAGAGUUGACCGAGACCGCAAAGUUAUAAGAUGUUAAGACAAUAUUAUCGUUACAAAAUCCAUUGUUGCCUAUAACUACCUACUUGGUAUGUAGUUUACAACUAAACGCGUGGCGGCUACCUCUACGUCUAUUUGGACGCUCAAAACAAAUAUGCAUGAUACAUGCAUUCGAGUUGGAUAUACGUAUAUCGAGCGAGUUACGCAUUUGAAAUGAUAGGAAUGCACUUAAGGUGGAUCAUAAAUAAUACCUCCUGGAAAUUUAUCAAGUGCCCACUGGAAUGAUGCAGACUUUUACAGACACCUAUAUUGCUCGUUUAUUAUGUACUCGGAACCACGACCAAGCUCUAUACACCUAUAUGUAACAUAGU